CAGCUACACUAAACACUAGAGAUUGAAACAAACACAAGACACAAAGAGUGUCUCUUGUGUGCGUGAGAGAGAGAAACAUAGAGGUGCAACAAUGGCAGCAUCUCUUCAAGCAGCUGCAACUCUAAUGCAACCUUGCAAGCUUAAUGCUAACAAGCAACCACAAUUGAGAUCCUUCCCCAGCCUCUCCAAAUCCUUUGGCUUUGAACCAGCUACAUCAAGACUCACUUGUUCUCUCAAUUCUGAUCUCAAAGACAUCGCCAAGAAGUGCUCUGAUGCCACCAAGCUCGCCGGUUUUGCUCUCGCCACCUCUGCUCUUAUCGUCUCUGGAGCAAAUGCGGAGGGUGUGCCGAAGAGGCUAACCUAUGAUGAGAUCCAAAGCAAGACUUACAUGGAGGUGAAGGGGACCGGAACGGCGAACCAAUGCCCGAUAAUAGACGGUGGAGUUGACUCUUUUGCCUUCAAACCCGGUAAGUAUUACAUGAAGAAGCUUUGCCUAGAGCCGACAUCGUUCACCGUGAAGGCGGAAGCUGUAAGCAAGAAUGCUCCUCCGGAGUUUCAGAAGACAAAGCUCAUGACCAGGCUCACAUACACACUGGAUGAAAUUGAAGGCCCCUUUGAGGUAGGUGCUGAUGGUAGUUUGAAGUUUGAGGAGAAAGACGGCAUUGACUAUGCGGCCGUCACCGUUCAGCUCCCCGGAGGAGAACGUGUGCCUUUCCUCUUCACCAUCAAACAACUUGUGGCCACCGGAAAGGCAGAGAGCUUUGGUGGGGAGUUCUUGGUGCCUAGUUACCGGGGAUCAUCUUUCUUGGACCCUAAGGGUAGGGGAGGAAGCCAAGGUUAUGAUAAUGCAGUGGCAUUGCCGGCCGGAGGAAGAGGAGAUGAAGAGGAGCUCGUUAAGGAGAAUAUUAAGGACACAUCUUCAUUGUCAGGGAAGAUCACUUUGAGUGUGACAAAAAGCAAGCCGGAGAGCGGUGAAGUGAUCGGAGUGUUCGAGAGUGUUCAACCUUCGGAUACUGAUCUUGGAUCCAAGGCUCCUAAGGAUGUCAAGAUUGAGGGUAUUUGGUAUGCUCAGCUUGAGUAGAUUGUUUACUAUGUGUAGUUUGUUGGAUGAUGAAGUUGAUGAAUAUUGAUCUUAUCUUAUGAUUAUGUUAUUUUUCUGUUUUC